AUGUUACUAAGGUUCAUCAAAAUGUUUUUGGGUGGCCUAACCGUACUGUCUACUAUUUCUGUGUCUGCUAUUUAUUUCCUUCAGAAUAAAGUGGUCUAUCCCUCUUGGGCUCAGGGUGCCAGAAACCAUGUAGAUACUCCUGAUAAAUUCGAUAUGCCCUAUAAACGAGUAGAAUUAACCACAAGAGAUGACAUAGUGAUCGAAGGUUAUGAUAUUCAAAAUGAUGAUCCUGACUCAAUUUCAACGGUUUUGAUCUUAUGUCCAAAUGCUGGUAAUAUUGGAUUUUUUUUACCAAUUGUCGAUAUUUUUUAUAGACAAUUAAAUUUAAGUGUAUUUAUCUAUUCGUAUAGAGGUUAUGGGUUCUCAGAGGGUUCUCCAAGUGAAGAUGGUUUAAAAAUUGACGCCGAUCGUGUUAUGUCUUAUUUAGCAACUAGUUCUUUCCAUAAGAAUAAAAAAUUAAUUUUAUAUGGUCGUUCGUUAGGUGGUGCUAACGCUAUUUACAUCGCCUCUAAAUUUUCUCAAUUAUGCGAUGCUGUGAUACUAGAAAAUACUUUCCUCAGUAUACCCAAAGUUAUUCCUUAUAUGUACCCACCAUUAAAAUAUUUUGCUUACUUCUGUCAUGAAAUCUGGGAAUCUGAAAGCGAAAUCAUAAAUUGUAGUUCAUCAGCUCCUUUCUUAUUUUUAAGCGGCUUGCAAGAUGAAAUUGUACCUCCCAUGCAUAUGAAAAAGCUUUACCAAUUAUGUCCAAGUAGCCAAAAGCAAGUUAUUGAAUUCCCUUCUGGUCAUCACAACGAUACCAUAAUUCAAGAUGGGUAUUGGGAGGUAAUACGAACAUUUUUAGAACAAUAUAAACUCAUCAACUAA